UCCGUUGAAUGGAAUUUAACAAAACAAUAUAAAAACUUGGUACAUUCCUACUCCUCCAACUACCCAUCAUUUUCCUUUCCCGGCGGCGCCGCCACCCUCCACCGCUGCCACCAAAAUGUCUUCUUCACUCUUCAAAACCCUCCGCCGCACCUCCGUCACCAACCGCCUCAGUUCUGCGAAGUCCAUUUUCCGGUGGCUGAGUAACGUGCCGGAAAACACCGUCUACGGCGGCCCGAAGCCGCAGAACCCUAACCAGCGCGUCACGCUCACUAACAUCCGCCAGAAGCACAGGAGGCGCGAGCCCAUAACCAUGGUCACGGCGUACGACUACCCGUCGGCGGUGCAUCUGGACACCGCCGGCAUCGACAUUUGCUUGGUGGGAGACUCCGCCGCCAUGGUCGUCCACGGCCACGACACCACCCUGCCGAUCACGCUGGAUGAGAUGCUCGUCCACUGCCGCGCGGUGGCGCGUGGCGCCAGGCGCCCGCUGCUUGUCGGGGACUUGCCGUUUGGAACCUACGAGUCCAGCACUCAACAGGCAGUUGAUACAGCUGUGAGGGUAUUGAAGGAGGGAGGAAUGGAUGCAAUCAAAUUGGAAGGCGGGGCACCUUCAAGAAUCACAGCAGCUAAAGGUAUAGUUGAAGCUGGUAUAGCUGUGAUCGGGCAUGUGGGGCUCACACCGCAGGCAAUCAGUGUUCUUGGAGGGUUCAGACCUCAAGGCAGAAACAUCGACAGUGCAGUCAAGGUUGUGGAGACUUCAAUGGCGUUGCAAGAAUCAGGGUGCUUUGCAGUAGUCUUGGAAUGUGUUCCUCCACCUGUGGCGGCCGCAGCAACAUCAGCGCUUCAGAUCCCCACCAUCGGCAUUGGGGCCGGACCCUUUUGUAGUGGUCAAGUUCUAGUUUACCAUGAUCUGCUUGGAAUGCUACAACACCCUCACCAUGCCAAGGUCACUCCCAAGUUCUGUAAACAGUAUGCCCAUGUAGGAGAGGCCAUCGGCAAGGCUCUUUCAGAAUACCGGGAGGAAGUAACGAGCGGUGCCUUUCCUGGCGCGGCUCACAGCACUUACAAGAUCGGAGCUGCUGACACUGACGGCUUCCUGCAAGCGUUGGAGAAGCUAGGUUUGGGAGACGCAGCGUCUGCAGCGGCUGACGCAGCUGCAAAGAUGGAAGCCCAAAUGAAGUGAUGGAAGACGUGCUAAAAGCACAGCCGCUCUCAACUUUGUCUCUCUCGUUCUCUUGGUCCGGCGUUUGGCGUUCGUCAUCCUCCUCUCUCCGGCGUCGUAUGCAUUUCGCGUACUCCCUCUGGUCCAGACCCACUCGCUUGGCACUCGCUUCGCUUGCUUGUGGCUCGGUCCGGCGUCGCUCCCUUCCUCGGUCCCUCCGGCGUCGUGGUGUUGAUUUCCCUCUCUAAUUUUAUUUGCAAUGAAAGAGUAAUGGACAACCUAAUAUCUUAAUAUGGAUUAUCAUUCAUGUAUUAUGUUAUUUCUAACUCUUUUUUUUUAAAUAAGGUUGUGUUCUCUUUGAAUGUAAGUUUAUCAUUAGAAAAUACAGGAAAUUUUAUCACAUUUAAAUUAUAA